AUGGUGAUAAUAUUAAUUGAUGCUUGGCAAGAGCAGUUUUUCUAUCGCCGAAAGGCCAUGCAAUUUUUACGUCAAUUGACAAACGAUGGCCAAGCUGUCGCCUUCAUUGCGCAUGUGCAAACGCCUACCGCAGUAACAGCUGGUGUGAUACCUUCAUUUGCUGAUGUUGUGAUGAAUUUUGCAUCUACUUCCAUAACAAGCGAUAAUAUCAUUGAUCGACUUAAUGAUAAGGGUUAUAGAUGCACGUUUUGCGGCGACGAAACAUGGCUACGACUAUUUCCGAAUCGUUUCGAUAACCAUUCGGCAGGGGUCACGUCAUUCUACGUCAAUGAUUUCAAAGAAGUUGAUGAUAAUGUAACAUUUUGUAUGCGUUCACGGCUUGAGAAUAGUGCUGCGGAUACAUGGGAUGUGAUGAUUCUGCAUUACUUGGGACUUGAUCAUAUAGGACAUUCUCUGGGUGGCACUCACAGUGAGCUGAAUAAUAAACUUAUUGAAAUGGAUUCCGUUAUCAAAGAAAUUUACGAAAAACUCCAGAAAGUAUAUGGCACGAACUUUUCCAUAAUUGUGUUUGGUGAUCAUGGAAUGACCGAAGGUGGAAGUCAUGGUGGUUCUUCAGAAUUAGAAACCCAUGUACCCAUUGUUUAUGUUGAUGGAAGGAAGCGACGUACUAGCAACGAAACGUUCUGUGUAGCGUCAGUUGAGCAAGUCGAUAUUGUUCCAACAUUGGCAACUCUUUUGAAUAUUCCAAUUCCGAAAGAAAGUCUUGGUGUUACGCUUUUACCUUAUAUUACCACAGAUAGGUCAAAUCUUUCAGUAUUACUAUUCGUAUUGCAAAACGCUGAACAAUUUCGAAAGUUGUAUGGAACAUCAACUUUCCAAAAUGGUGAUCUUUCAACAAAUUUAGCUCUUUUUGCCCAGUUAUUACACUUUGCCGCAUCGUUUGCGUCAAGUUUGAUAGAAGAAGAACAUGACUUACAGUAA